GGAAGUUCCAGUGUUGACAAAGUUACUUCGUUGCGUGUAAUACCAAACAUGUCAUCUGAUUCAUUGUUGACCUGGGAAAUGUAUAUCCAGUUAGACUAAGGGUUAGGGUCGUAUACCGUGGGAUAUACCAGACUUCAAAGCCAUACAUAUGACCUGCUCAUCGCGCAACAAUUUGAAGAAAAGAUUUGUGCUAUCAUGAGCUCCUGUUCGUAUUCUCCAGAAGAAGACCUAUCUUGUCCAAUCUGCAGGGACAUCUUCAAAGACCCUGUACUCCUGAGAUGUAGUCACAGUUUUUGCGAAGCUUGUGUUCAGGAGUCCUGGAGAAGCAAAGGAUUUAAAGAAUGUCCCGUCUGCAGGAAGUUAUCUUUACAGCCCCCUCCGAGUAAUCUGAUUGUGAAGAACUUGUGCAAUGCCUUCCGACAACACAGAGCAGAACCCUUGGAGUAGCCGUACUGAUGUGAUUAUCAGCUAGACAGUUAUAAAACUAGAAAGUAAAGUAUCUGCUGAUUAUUUUCAAAUGUAUAUAAGCAUUCUUUAUCCACCGCCCUUCAAAGUCACGUGUACAGUGGGAUCCCCGGAAAUGUUUUUAAAAAAUAUUGCAUGGGUGCUAGAUACGUUUUUCUCAUUUUAACUUUACGACACCGUGAAACAGUAUUCAUCUCACACUAUUGGGGUAUUGGCAGUGCUAAAAAAUGGACGGAAAAUUGUGGGGUCUUUCCGAGAAGGAUCUGUCAUGUCCUUUGUGAGGACAUAUUUAGUGACCCGGUCACACUGAAUUGCAGCCACACGUAUUGUGAACCGUGUGUUCGAAAAGUCUGGCGUGAUUUUGGGUUGAGGUUGAUGAGGGCAUCAACCUCUCCUUGAAGAGCAUUUGCCGGGCUUUUCUACAGGAAAGAGCUGGAAGAGCUGAGCAGGACCCAAAGGAAAGAUUCUCCAGUCCUUAAUGAGGCACAUGUUCUAACUCGUAAUAUCCAACCAGGAGAAUCUGCGGUUGACACGACAGCACUCAGGAAAUGCAACGAAGAGUAGCUGUGUUGUGAGGAGUCGGCAGCGCAUGUAAAGACGCAGGCCCUCAGCACUGAGCAGCAGAUCAAAGCUGAGUUUGGAAAGCUCGAGAGGUUCCUGAAGAUGCAGAAGGCAGCGAGGAUGGCAGCACUGGAGGAGGAGCUGGAGAUGAAGACUUGCGCUUUGAAGGACAGGAUGAAUGACCUGGAGGACCAGAGGUCUGCGUUAACACAGACCAUAUCCUGUAUGGAGGAGCUGCUGAACGAACAAUGUUCCAGUUUCAAUCAGCAGAACAUUGAGGUCACAUUACAAAGAGCCUCGGACCUCAACAUCCAGUUGGAACCAGAGACCAACACCCUGCUGAACGUGGCCGAACACAUCGGAAACCUAGGCUUCCACGUCUGGGAAGCGAUGAAGACACUUGUUAAAUACACCCCAGUCUCCCUGGACCCCAACACUCGGACCCCCUGGCUCAUCCUCUCCAAGGACCUGACCUGCGUGAGAGACAGGAGCACUGUGAAGGUACCAGCCAACCCUGAGAAGUUCCAGGGCCCCUGGGUCCUGGGCUCCGAGGGCUUCAGUCGGGGGAGCCACAGCUGGGACGUGGCCGUGCCGAUGGAGGACUGGUGGGUGGGGGUGGCCCCCGAGGCCGUCAGCCGGUACGACCCCCCCAGGAGAGGUCUGGGCCGUUCGCUGCAACCCCUUCGGCGAAUACUUCUUCCUCCGUCCUGGCCGGGACGCCGUCCAGCUCGCUGUCCAGUGGAUCUUCAACCUCCGAGUGACUUUAGACAUGGACAGAGGAGAGCUUUGUUUUUUGUUUUUCAGACGAAAACACACACCUCCACACAGUCUCGCACGCUUUCCGGGAAAGAACGUACCCCAUUUUGAACUGCGUCGAUUGGCUGAGCGUUUUGUCAGGGGCCCUGCCUCUGACGCUGGAGUCUGGGACAUUUUGUGACCACUAUAAGGACUGCCACUGUUUCGAGGAGCGUGACUUGUUCGAUGUUUGAGAGAGGGGGGGUUAUUGCUGGAAAGUCAAACUCCGAACCUUCCCAGCUAUGGUCUCGUUUCAAGUGUUUGUGUCACCGUGACCAAGUUGUGUUUCUGACAGGGUAUCUUGUGUUUGAUACUCGAGUGAAACAAGUUCAAAGGAACCGUCACUGCUGUGUUUACGAUUUGUGAACUAUUUUCGUUAUUCGAUAACCUUUUCUGUUGUUGUUGUCCUAUAAGGGGGAAGUUUCGGACUUGUACAGAGGAAUGGACGCAUUCGGUUUGAACAAAGUCAAGUUUCUCUGCUUGAUAUCUGAAUGUUCAAGACACAUGUUGUUUAUGUUGAAUCCUAUGUCAAUCUUGAUUUUGACCUUAUUUCAUGCAUCGAUUGUUCACCUACAUCUUCGAUGCUUUUGAGGGCUCAAGUGCCACUUCUUUUCUUUUGGACCAUUAAAGUACAUCAACAUCU